GGUGGUUUGCAGCUGCGCAAAGGAGAACAGUGGAUGAACACAUUUUCUAUUGUAUUGAGCUACGUGAUGCAGUGCAACACAGAUGUUGCUUGCUUGCUCUCUGGUACUCAGGUUCAGGCUGUAAUUGUAUACAUUACAGACUACGUGAUGAAACCUGGACUCAAGAUGUACAUUGUAUUUGAAACAGUGUGGUUCAUACUGUCUAACAGUGCUGAGAUUGUAUUGACUAGUUCAUCUAAACCGUUAGCAGCUAAACGCAUUAUCAUGAAAAUUGUCAAUGCUCUCACUUCUCAGAUGAAAGUGGAGGGGCCAAUGGUGUGCAGUCAUUUACUUGGACAUCCUGAUCACUACACAGACAAAAAGUUCAGACCAUGCUACUGGUACUCAUAUGUGCGACUUGCUGACAAUGCUUGGGCCACUGAUGGUGAUGGCAAUCGCACC